AUGAUUAUUAAUGUUUAUGAAGAAAUUGCCAUAAAUACCAUGUUUGAACAGUUCUCGACAGACGUUGGACCCUUUGGAAUUGAUGGACUAUCCUUUACAAAUUUGGGCUUUAAGACUUGGCUUGAUCAGUUUGCUUUAAAGUCAACUACAGAAUUCAGAAUAGUGAAAAGGAUCACGAAGGGCCAACCAUACGAACCAAUCAUACUUGAGUAA